AUGGCAACAACGCCACAUGAGCUCAUUCAGUCGGAGACGCUAGUGAUGGCCGGUCUGGGCGCAUUAGGUCGACCGGCGGAGAGCAACUGGACUGCUGAGCAGCUGCUGGCCAUGGAGAGCAGCCAGCGCGAAACGGGUUAUAAUGCCUGGCUCUCAGAGCGCAUAUCGCCGGCGCGUAAGCUUUUCGAUAUGCGGCAUCGCAGCUGCAAAAAGCUCAAGUACCCAUUGGAAAAGCUCCCAGCUAUCAGUGUCAUUAUCACCCAACACAACGAACAGCCGAGUGUGCUGAUAAGAACGUUGAACAGUCUGAGGAGCAGAACGCCGGCGCGCCUACUGCGAGAGAUCAUACUGGUGGAUGAUGGCAGUGACCUGAAGCAAGAGUACCUUGCGAGAAUUCUGGACGUGCAGUUUCGGGGCUUGGUGCAGCAGCAGCGUCUGCCAAGGCAGCUGGGCCUGAUGCAGGCGCGGCUGGCGGGCGCUGAGAAGGCGCUGUCGAAAGUUCUCGUAUUUCUUGAUGCCCAUGUGGAGGUCACUAGGGGUUGGCUGGAGCCCUUGUUGGCACCGCUGCUCGAGAACAAUAAGACCUGCUGCACACCCGUCGUGGAUACCAUAGACUAUGAGACCUUUGCCUAUAGGCGCGGCAAGCCAUCGCGUGGCUUCUUCGACUGGGACUUUAACUACGUGCAGCUGCCGCUGCUCAAGGAGGAGGAGCAGGCGCUGCCUGCGCCACAUGACAAUCCCAUCAUGAAUGGAGGUCUGUUUGCCAUAGAUCGCAGUUGGUUCUUUCAACUGGGUGGUUAUGAUGAAGGACUGCGCAUUUGGGGCGCGGAACAGUUCGAGCUGAGCCUCAAGAUAUGGCUGUGCGGUGGUCGUCUGCUGGAGGUGCCUUGCUCCAGAGUGGGACAUCUCUUCAGGAAUGGCGGUUUCCAUGCGCAGUACAUGAAAACCGAAAGUGGUAGCAAGGCGGUAGCUAGGAACUACAGACGUGUGGCUGAGGUGUGGUUGGAUGAGUACAAGGACAAGCUUUAUGCGAAUAUGCCGCACUUGACCCACAUCAAGGUGGGUUCUUUGAAGAAGCAAAAGGCACUACGUCAGCGUCUACACUGUAAGCGUUUCAAAUGGUUUUUGGAUCACCUGGGUCGCGACUUUUUGGAGCAGUAUCCAAUGGACGAGCCUUUGGAUUACGCCUUUGGCGCUGUGCAAAGCUUGGCGGCGCCCACACUGUGCUUGGAGCGAACAGAGACUGCGGAACAUCCGCAACUGCUGCCUUGCGAUGAGGAUCUCAUGUAUCCCAAGUUGGAGCAAAAGUGGUCUUUGAGCCAUUUCCGUGAUUUACAUUCGAGUUCCCGUUGCCUGGAGCUGCACCAGCAGCAUCCAAAUGCUGAAAUUUGGCUCUGGCAAUGUCAUCAUCAUGCUGGCAAUCAGUUUUGGUCCUUCGACCCCAAUUCCAAGCAGAUUAUCCAUGGCCAGAACAGAGCUGAGCAACGUUGCCUCGAAGCUCUAGUGGAACAGCGCAAGGUGGUUGCCAAUAUCUGUGAUACCAAUAAUCUGCGGCAGCAAUGGAAGUUCGGAUAUGCAAAUGAGAAACUGCUGGAGGACUUUUGGAAGAAUUUACUUCAGUAGAAGAAGUCAAAGAAGGGCUGAUUGACUGACUGCAAGACCUUUUACCUGACCAUGAUUUGAAGAUACUCAUUAGCUUUACAAAUAAUUGGCAAGUAAUUCUAAUAAGUCUAACAAUACCCUGUCUCCAUGGAAAAUAUACUAAAUGGGUAGCUUUCUACCUGUCUGUCUGUCUGUACGUCUAUCGUGCCGAUCUCAGAGACUGGGUGCAGGGUAUCUGCUAGUCG